AUGGAACUUGGAAGGAGGAAUACCAACAAAUACACUUUCAAAAGUCCUGACUUAACAAAGUUGAAGAAGCUUAGUUCUAUGAUAGUUAGUCCAGAGGAUUUCAGAGCUUGGUAUGGAAGACUUAUGGGUAUCUUAAAGACCAAGGUUGAAGAUGGAGUUCUCAACACCCUGGUACAAUUUUAUGAUCCAAUCUACCAUUGCUUCACAUUUCCAAACUACCAUCUUAUGCCUACUCUAGAAGAAUACUCUUAUUGGUUUGGUAUGCCAGUCUCUGACAAAUUACCAUUCAGCGGUUCAGAGAAGACCCCUACACCAACAACUAUUAUUGAAGCACUUCACCUAGAAACGUCUGUUGUGAAGGCCAACUUCAUUACAAAAGGAGGGAUUCUAGGUCUAACCUCUAGAUUCCUGAUGGAGAAAGCCUUUGUCUUUGCAGAAGAAAAUAGUAGAGAUGCCUUUGAAGCCAUUUUUUCUCUACUCAUUUAUGGAAUUGUGCUCUUCCUAAACAUUGAUAACUUUGUGGGUGUUAAUGUUGUACGAAUCUUCUUAAUUGGUAAUCUAAUACCCACAUUACUUGGAGAUACCUAUCAUUAUAUCCAUCAUAGGACUAAGAAAGGUGGUGGAACCAUUCUUUGUUAUGCACCUCUCCUAUAUAAGUGGUUUAUUUCUCACUUACCCAGAUCCAGGCUCUUCAGGGAGAAUCCACAAAAGCUCAGAUGGUCUCAAAGGUUCAUGUCUAUUGAUCAAGGGAAUAUACAUUAG